GAGCUUGACUGAGAGAGAGAGAGAGAGAGAGAGAGAGAGAGAGAGUUUAUCUCAACAGCGCAGCCGCUUCGCAGUGCCUGCAGCUCGUUCAGCAGUCUAGUGCAUCUCGUUUCGGUUCGGUUCGGCCUGGUCCGGUUCUGGCUACUAAAUGUGGGGUUAAUCCGAGCCGAAGCGCUUCGGUCCGGGCCGCCUGAGGAUCAGACCAGCAGCAGAAGGGAUCGGAGCCGAGGCUCUUCUACUUCAGGAGACCCAAGAGUGAGGCAGCAUGGCCGACACUCAAGAUAAGUCUGGUGUUUCAAACGGUGGUGCAGACGAUCCAGAGAAAGGAGAGGGACGAGGAGAUGAAGGAGACGCUCCAUCAGCCACAGAGGAGCCAGCGCGUCCCAAAUCAGACUUGAGUCCAGCUCCAGAGGCUCCCAAGGCCGAGGACAGACCGAUGCCAGAUGCGGAUCAAGAACAGGAGCAGCCGACUGGAGAAGAAGAGGAGGACACGGACAGCAUGGACGGCAGUGGCCUGUACUCUCUCACUGAGGAGGGCGAGCGGGAGAGCGAGGGAGGUGGGCGGAGAGAGAAGGCGAAGGACGAGGGCAGCAAGAGAGCAGGUAGGAAGCGGAAUCACCCCAGCGGCGGAGGAACCUCGGGUCACUCCUCCAGCUCGGAUGAGGACGACGACGACGACGACGACGAAAAAUGCAAAGAGGAGGAGCUGGAGGAAGACGAGGACGAGGAGGAUGAACAGGCAGUGGAGGAGUGGCUAGGGGCGGAGCUGAGAGAGCUGGACGGCCCCCGGUGGAGAGCGGUGCCGUCUCUGCGGGCGCGGGAGAUCGGACGGGGCUCGGCUCAGUUCGUGCGGCGGGUGUGCGGCUCCAGGGGUCUGGUGCAGAGGCUGGAGCUUCAGGGCCGGCUGGAGCGCCACUCGGGCUGCGUCAACACGCUCCACUUCAACCCGUCCGGCACGCGACUGGCCUCCGGCAGCGACGACCUGCGCGUGGUCAUCUGGGACUGGGCGCGCAGACGGGCGGAGCUGGAGUUCGACACCGGACACAAGAGCAACGUCUUUCAGGCUAAGUUCCUCCCCCACAGUGGAGACACCACCCUGGCCAUGUGCGCGCGGGACGGACAGAUCCGAAUAGCCGAACUCUCGGCCACGCAGCGCUGCAAAAACACCAAACGAGUGGCCCAGCACAAGGGCGCCGCACACAAGCUGGCGCUGGAGCCAGACUCGCCCUGCUCUUUCCUCUCCGCUGGUGAGGACGCCGUCGUGUUUGACAUCGACCUGCGUCUCGACCGGCCAGCCACUAAACUGGUGGUGGUGAAGGAGGGCGAUAAGAAGGUGGGUUUGUACACCAUCUUUGUGAAUCCAGCCAACACGCAUCACUUCGCUGUUGGAGGUAGAGAUCAGUACGUCAGGAUCUACGAUCAGAGAAAGAUCAAUGAAAAUGAGAAUAAUGGUGUUCUGAAGAAAUUCUGUCCCUCACACCUGGUGUCCAGCGAGUCCAAGAUUCACAUCACCUGCUUAGUCUACAGCCAUGAUGGCUCAGAGCUGCUGGCCAGUUAUAACGAUGAAGACAUUUACCUGUUUGACUCCAGCCACAGUGACGGAGCUGAUUACCGCAGGAGAUACAAGGGCCACCGCAAUAAUGCCACAGUGAAAGGCGUGAACUUCUACGGGCCCUGCAGUGAGUUUGUAGUGAGCGGCAGUGACUGUGGGCACAUAUACCUGUGGGACAAACACUCAGCCCGAGUUGUGCAGUUCAUGGAGGGAGACAGAGGAGGAGUGGUGAACUGUCUAGAACCACAUCCUCACCUGCCGGGUUUAGCCACCAGCGGUCUGGAUCAUGAUGUGAAACUGUGGGCCCCCACUGCUGAGAACCCCACCAGCUUGAAGGGCCUCAAAGAGGUGAUGAAGAAGAAUAAGCGGGAGCGAGACGAGGACAGUGCCCGUCAUGGAGAUCAGUACGACACACAGCUCCUCUGGUUCCUGAUGAGACACAUGAGGAAUCGCAGACCUCUCAGAACCCGGCGUGGCGAGGGUGGCGAAGGAGACACGGACGAGUCCUGGAGCUCCCCUGACUCCUCUGAUGAAGAAGACGGAGGUCCUGACCAUGUCCAGUGCAUGUCCUCCUGAGCCCCGCAAACACACACACACACACACACACACACACACACACACACACACACACACACACACACACACACACACACACAAACGCCAGCUCAUUGCCGUAUUUAAGCACAUACAUGUUUAGUGACACACUGGUUCACUCACUGACCGUUAAAGGCCAGCAAGGAACUACCCCCCCACAGCCCCCCCCUACCCAACCCCCCACCCCCACCCGGCUCUAUAUGCAUAUACAGAGUGAGGGAGAGGGGGUCGUUUGUAGUUCUCGCUCGGAUUCGGCUUUGGAUUCCACACACAGAAAAAAUGUGAUAUUUUUGAUAAGCUUUCUGAUAAAUGUGAAAUAACCCAAAUAACCACAGUCUCCUCGCGCACCUCAUUUCCACUCCCACGGCUUCCCGUAUCGCACACUGGAGCAGGAUAUUUUAGAGAAUACUUCACCUCAGCUCGUUUGCUGUCGAUGAUCAGCAAGCGCGAAUCAAAAGAACAGUGUUGUACUGCAGUAGCUAAAAAUAAACGAAACAAACGAAAAGAGCUCGGAGCUUCAUGGGACGCAGCGGAGGACGAGAUUAUGGCUUGUUGUUCCUUUUUCCCUGUGCUCUCUUUUUUUUUUUUCCAUGUUUUCGGACAGUGGCUUCUUCAUGGACGGCUCCGAUUGCGUAGGUCGCCUCGGACAGCUCCGAUUGGUUGGACUGCUCUCGGAUCGCCUUGGACGUCUUCGAUUGAUCGACUCUCGCCAGACAGCUCCGAUUGGUCGGGUCACCUCGGACAGCUCCAGCUGAUCAGAUCGCCUCGGUUGGCCCCGAUUGGUCAGAAAUCUUCCGACGAUGAUUACGGUGUUCCCGAGCCUCUCCAAACCAGCAUCAACCUUUUUAGAGGAUCCUUCGUCUAUCCGGAACUACUUCUGGCGCCACCUGGAGGACAAAAUGAGAAGUAAAGUCCAUGGAGUGCAUAAAAAACACCACGAACCAAUAAAAGGAGCAGUCGGGGCCUCCGCCUCUCCUGUCUUGUCGUCUAUUUUUUAUUUUUAUUUUUUCUUUUGAUUUCUCUCCAGUUGCAGAGCGCCAGAGCUAUUUCUCUCUCCCCUCUCCUGGGCUGCUGAGUACACUUUAAUCAGGGAAUCUGCAGGUUUUCGAGGCUCUAAGACAAAAGUGUGCACUUAGGGGGGUCAGGGCAUGCAAUACUUAACGGAUUUAACUUAAAUUUUUUUUUCUCCUCCUGCCCUCACCCCCUCACACAAAAAGGCUUGGGUUUAAUCGUGAAGAUUUGGCACAGAUCUUUUUUGCACUUGGAUGGAGAAUCUCUCGGACGGAGCUCCUUAUUUAAAAGCCCGAGUGACGUUUUCUUCCUUAAAAAAAAACAAAAAAAAAACACAAAAAUAUAAUAAAUAAAUAAAAAAAGACCUCCCCUCCCAGACAAACUGCUUAAAGAGAGUGACGAUUGUAACACUGUUUAAAGCCAGCAGCUCAUAGGGCUUAUUUUUUGGUCUCCUCUUGUGACUCGACCCUCGUCCAUCGCUCAAACUGUAAGCCUGUCCAGGUUUGAUUGUUUUCAGCAUCAGGAUGGUUCGACUGACCCCAGCUUCGUCCAGCAUCGGAGAGGUUUCAGGACUGAAACCUCCUUAUACUCGCUAUACAAACCAUUUAAAGCUUCCAGGACAUUGCUGACCAGUCCGAAUGCAGCAGGGGACUUUGCUUUUAGGUGAAAAGAGACCCGUCGUUUGAACUUCAUUGCACAAAGGUGGAAGUGGGAAUUAAAAGAACUCUCCAGCGUUUUUCAGGCUAAGCUCUGUUUGGCACAUCUGGCCACGUACAGUUCAGGACCACAGAGGGCAGAAGUGGUAAAAGAGCAGAGAACCCAUUAACUCAAGUCCUACUUACAGCAGAAGCCAAUGGGAGCCUCUGCCCAUCGACUUCUAUUAUAAGUCAGCAAGUUUUGUGUUCUUUUCCAAGUCUGGGGAAUCGUGUUGAAACGAUUUCUAGCCGGCGAUCAGUCAGAUGCCUUAAACCGAGGUUAAUCUGAAAACGGAGUUUUCCUUUAAAGGUGAAUGUGUUCCUUAAAGGUGAUUGUUUAAAGUGGCGGUUGUGUUCGUUAUACGGCUUCCCGCGGGUUCUAGAGCAGACCGAUAUUUCGGGUCACCUUUUUUCUGAUUUGCAUGCGUUUCUGGGCAGCGGCUUUUAUUUUAUUUUUUUGCAGAAUAAAAAGGCGGGGAGGGGGGCGGGGCUUAGACUCCAUCGCCCUUUUUCCUUCUUCUUUUCACGAGGGGAAUUAAUUCCAGCUUUUCUCUUUUUGUAUGAGAAAAAAAAAAGAAGCUAAGUUAAAUUACUUUGUAUGUACAUACAAAUAUAUAAAUAUAUAUAUUACAAAAAAAUUAACUAAAGAAAUCAUCUUCAGCCAUUGUUCUUUGAAAAAGAUGUCAGAAUUCGAUUGGUAUUGAUGCAGAGAUUUAUAUUGUAUAAGAAAAAAAAAACUUUUAAACUUUGGUGGAACACAAAUGCAGAUAGUCACAUUUCUUUUCUUUCCUGAGCGCCACGCACCCUUAUACUCACCGAAGACGACAGCGUUACCGUCAGAUGCACUUCCGAGUUGAAUUUAUGCUUCUUUUUUUUUUUUGUUUGUUUGUUUUCUGUUUUUUUUUUUUCUUUUCUCUGCUUUGUUAUAACAUGUCCAACCUCUCUCCACCCACAGGCAUACACACACACCUUUUCCUUUCUUUUCUUUCUCUCCAGAUUUCUUUCUAGGGUUUUUGAGCGAUGAGUUACCCACCGCUGCCUAAUGUUGUGUUUAUCAGUUCAUUUGAAAACAUGUACAACUUGUGCAGUAAAAAUGAGAAAAGGCUGAUUCUCA